AUGCUCUCUCUCGUCAGGCUAACUCGUUUCAGGGACCAACGGAAGUUUGAAGCUGGUUGCUCUCGGUUUCAUUUAUCUCCAGAUAUAUAUACCAAACUCAUCGAGACACACGCUCACCGUCGAUCGCUACUGAGAGGGAAACUACUCCACGCCCACCUGAUAACUAAUGGGUUGGCCCGUCGUACGCAUUUUGCUGCGAAGCUCGUGUCUUUCUACACGGAAUGUAAGCGGUUGUCCAGCGCGCGCCAAGUGUUCGACAAAAUUCCCCACUCGGACAUUCGGCGGUGGAUCGUCAUUGUGGGGGCGUAUUCACGAUGUGGGUUUUACCAGGAAGCUUUGGAUGUCUUCUUUGAAAUGAGGAAAGAGGGAUUACUCCCAAACCAGUUCGUUAUUCCAAGUGCUCUGAAGGCUUGCGGGCAUGUGUUUGAUGUACAUACUGGGAAGAUUUUGCAUAGCCUAAGUUUGAAACGUUGUUUUGUAUCAGAUUCGUUUGUGGUGAGUGCAUUGAUUGAUAUGUACUCCAAAUGCGGUGAAGUUGACAACGCAACGAAAGUUUUCGAUACAAUAUCGGAGAAAGACUCGGUAGCUCUGAAUGCCCUGGUUUCAGGCUACGCUCAUCAUGGUCUUGCAGAAGAAGCAUUUAGUUUGGUAAAGCGAAUGCAACUAGUGGGGCUUAAACCAAAUAUCAUAACUUGGAACACAUUGAUUGCUGGGUUUGCCCAGAAGGGUAACGAAGUUAUGGCUUCAGAACUUCUCCAACUAAUGGCUGACAACGGCAUAGAACCUGACGUGGUUUCUUGGACGACAGUUAUAUCAGGGCUAGUGCAGAACUUUCGAAAUGACGCAGCUUUUAGCACAUUCAGACGGAUGUUGAGCCAUGGCUUCUCGCCCAGCCCUGCCACAAUCAGCAGUCUCUUGCCAGCUUGUGCCAGUGUGGCAAAUGCCAGGCAUGGGAGGGAGCUUCACGGCCAUGCUGUGGUGAUAGGAGUUGAUGAUGAUAUAUACGUGAGGAGUGCUCUGAUUGACAUGUAUGCCAAGUCUGGUUUUCUCCACCAAGCGAGAUUGCUGUUCUACAAAAUGUCGGAGAAGAAUACGGCUACCUGGAAUUCAAUGAUCUUCGCAUAUGCAAACAAUGGUUGCUCCCACGAAGCAAUCCAGCUGUUUACUCGGUUGGAAAAGACCGAAGGCAAUACCAAGCUUGAUCACUUGACUUUCACAGCUGUUCUCACAGCUUGUAGUCAUGCUGGAAUGGUCGAGCUGGGACAAAGUUUGUUCCUUUUGAUGAAACAGAAGUACAACAUUGGACCAAGACUGGAGCAUUAUGCAUGUAUGGUGGAUCUUCUUGGGACAGCUGGGAAACUUGAGGAGGCCUAUCGUCUGAUUGAAACGAUGCCUAUGAAGCCUGAUCUUUUCGUGUGGGGAGCACUGUUGGGGGCGUGUAGAAAACAUGGCAAUGUGCAGCUCGCUGACGUCGCAGCUAAGCAAUUAGUGGAGCUUGAGCCCAGAAACCCUGGUAACGAAAUUCUCAUGUCAAGUCUACAUGCUGAAGCAGGCAGUUGGGGCGCUGUUGCAAGGUUUAAGAAGCGGUUGAACAAUAAAACUAGGCGGUUCUCUGGGUGCAGCUGGAUAGAAACAUGUGGGUAA